UACCAAUCACUCUAAAGUCUAAUCCAAAGAAGACAAAAAAAUCAUAAACAGAAAUGUUAAAAAGAAUGAGGAAUUGCGAUAAAGGAAUCUCAGCCGAUACAGUUGUACCUUUGUGUAUUGUUUCAUCAUAGUAUCACAACGACUUCCCCAAUCUCUUACAACUGGCAGUUGCUGCUUCAUUUUCUCACACUAGCAAUAAAAAACAUCCUUCUUCAAUCUCAAUCUCAAUCACAGCAUAGUAUAUUACGAAAUCCACAGUUUAAAUCCCCGUUUCCGCGCACCCUUUUCCCACUCACAACCCCCACUCCAAAAAAAAUCUAAUCUUUCAACCGAAUUCCCAGAUGGGCAGCGUCGCCGAUCAAGAAACCGGAAAGGGGUCGCCGGAGAUGGAUACAGGAACCCUCAAACCCUCCCUCUUCCGCUACAAUUCUCCGCUAGUCCAAGUGGUGUUAAUCGGAUUCGUGUGCUUCUGCUGCCCCGGCAUGUUCAACGCCCUCUCCGGCAUGGGCGCCGGCGGCCAGGUGGACCCCACCGCCGCCAACAACGCCAACACCGCCCUCUACACGACCUUCGCCGUCUUCGGCGUCCUCGGCGGCGGAAUCUACAACAUCCUGGGGCCCAAGCUGACCCUCCUCUGCGGCUGCUCCACCUACGUCCUCUACGCCGCCUCCUUCCUCUACUACAACCACUACCAACACCAGGCCUUCGCCAUCGUCGCCGGCGCCCUCCUCGGCAUCGGCGCCGGCCUCCUCUGGACGGCGCAGGGGGCCAUAAUGACCUCCUACCCGCCCCAUGAUCGAAAGGGCACCUACAUUGCCUUGUUUUGGAGCAUCUUCAAUUUGGGUGGCGUUAUCGGUGGCCUCAUUCCAUUUGCAAUGAAUUUCCACAGAACUGAGGCAAGAUCAGUCAACGAUGGUACCUACAUUGGUUUCAUGGUUUUUAUGUCAAUUGGAACUUUACUAUCUCUCUCAAUUCUUCACCCUAGCCGUGUAAUACGUGAUGAUGGAUCGAGGUGCACAAACAUCACGUAUUCAAACGUGGGGGUGGAGGCACGAGCUAUUUGCAGGCUGUUUCUUGAUUGGAGGAUGUUGUUGAUUGUGCCGGCUUCUUGGGCUAGUAACUUCUUUUACAGUUACCAGUUUAACAAUGUGAAUGGGGCUUUGUUCAAUCUGAGGACUAGGGGUUUGAACAAUGUGUUCUACUGGGGUGCGCAGAUGAUUGGCUCUGUGCUCAUUGGUUACAUCAUGGAUUUUAGUUUCAAGAGCAGGAGGGCUCGGGGGCUGCUGGGAGUCGCGGUUGUUGCUGUGGCUGGCACGGCUAUUUGGGGCGGGGGGCUCGCCAAGCAGCUUGAUUAUGACCGUAGUGAUGUGGUUUUAAAACGUAUUAGGCUGUUGGAUUUCAAGAAUGGGAGUGAUUUUGCAGGGCCUUUUGUGUUGUAUUUCUGUUAUGGUUUGCUUGAUGCCAUGUUUCAGAGUAUGGUGUAUUGGGUGAUUGGAGCAUUAGCUGAUGAUACUGAGAUACUUAGCAGGUUCACGGGGUUCUACAAGGGCGUGCAGAGCGCAGGGGCGGCUGUUGCCUGGCAGAUCGACUCACAUAACGUGCCCUUUGUGAACGAGCUGGCAACAAACUGGGGGCUCAUGACGAUAAGUUAUCCUUUGUUGGUUGUGUUGAUCAUGAAGGCUGUGAAAGAUGAUCAUGACAGUGAUGGUGAAGUCGAAGGAAAAACUAUGGGAGGGGCGGUUAUCCCUGGGAUUCAUUGAUGCUUGCUUGCUGUGCUUUCGUGUCAGAAUUGACUCGUUGCAGCAGGGAUUAUUGAUCUAGAAAGGUGCCUUUGUUCCCUUGGAGAAGUAUGAUUGAUUGUUUUUGCAAAUCAUAUAGGAUUUUGUGGUUUACUUCUCAUGUAAUUGUUUAGUGAUGUUAUUUGAUUAUUGAUAUGCUAAGAGAAUUUCAUUGAACCACUGUUUCUCUUUUUGAGACCUCAUAAAUGGAUGCUAAAUUUACUUACAAGUUUAGGACCUAAAAUUGAUGAUAUGAUUGAGCUUAUAAUAGGUGAAAUCAAAAGAGUGUAGCCAAGGAAAGGGCUUCUGAGACGGCGCAAGCAUACUAAAAGUUGCUAAUCAUAGUAGCUUUCCCUGUCUUGAUCACCUAGUUUGACUGAAUUGAUAGGUCCAUAUAAGUAAUGGAAAUUCGGCCUGCACAAGAGAACUGUCGGAGAUAAGUUAACUAGGCGCUGUCAAAACGUUAGUUUUCCUUUUGUUGUUCUUGUCUUUACAGUUUGGUUGUGACUCUUGUGUCCUAUUGCAUUGAGUCCACAUCUAUUUGGACAUUUUUUGUUUAGUUUAUUCAUUGACAUAGUGUUUCAUAGCUCCUAGCCUCCUACUGUAGCUAGUUUUCCUUGCUGCUGUCAUCUUUGCCAGUUUUCUUGUCCCUUAAAACUGCAUCUAUUUUGAUGUUUAUUGAAUGUUACAGUGUUCCAUAGGUGAUUAAAUUUCAAGAAUUAGAGUUUGUGAAGUUAGUUUUGGCUUGCUGAUGUUGUCUUUGGCAGUUUCCUUAGUUUUGUUGCAACUCUUGUGUCCUAUUCAUAUUGCAUUGAGAUUGAGCUGAGUUUAAUGAUAUGAGUGUUCCAUACAUAGCUCAUUAUUAAAUUGCAAGAAUUGGAGUUUGUGAACUUGUUUCUUGGGUUUUCAGAAGUAAAUUCGGUGGUCCAGCUCAGAGUUGUUGUUUGUUAACUUAAGAUCCAUCUCAGGUAUGCGUCUCUCCUCAACUUGCAAUUGCAUACACCAAGCUUUGAAAACAUGUAAUGUGACUCAAGAAAAUGGUAUUGAAAAUAAGUAAAAUCCAAAUGAGUUUGUGGUGUACAGCGUGAGGUGGCAACUUCUUCUUUGUAUUAAAGCUGGUUGGGAUGAGCUUCUCAACUCCAUCGGUCUUGUCUUCAAAUCAAAGUAUGCCACGAUCACUACAUCCUAUCAAAAUCAAAGGCCAUGUACCAUUUCAUUGUUUUGAUUUGUGUUUUGAUGCUUACAUUAUGCAUAAAGAAUUCUUUACUUGUGGUGUUGCAAUUGCAGCCUCCACCUCAGCCUCA